AUGGCGAGUCUGUGCAAAAGGCAGCAAUGCACGGUAGAGAGGCGCGGCUUUCGGCAGGAACUUGACUCUUGGAGGCACAAACUCAUUCACUGUGUAGGCUUUGAAAGCAUCUUGGAAGGCUUGUUUGGGCCGGGACUAGUCAACGAUAUCACUCUAUUCCAAGACUGCGAGCCGGAGGAAGUGUCGGACUGGUCCUUCGAUGACAACUGUCUCUUCUGCUGCUUAAGACGUGAGAAAGUCAAGGAGCACAGUGUAGAGAAAGGUGGAGGCAGCCAGGUGCUGCUGGAGCAGUCUCGGAUCAGCCGGCUGGAGAGACAGGCCCACAACUUCCUCAAUGCUGUGUUACACAGAAAAGACCUCCCAAGUUUCGCAGAACCUCACAUUCCCCUAGUGGCUCGUGAGAUCAUGCAGCGAAUGAUCCGCCAGUUCGCUGCCGAAUAUACCUCAAAAACUACUCAGGACGACUCUCCCCUGCCCAACGGCACCAUGAAGGACCAAAGCCUGCCGAGAGCGGCGUCUCUGGUCAGGGUCCCGUGCUCCCCGCCGGGGCCCCUGAUCGCGCCCGGCUCCCCUCAAUCGUCUGCCUCAUCCUCCUCCCCAUCCCCGACCCCGGGGACCGGCCUCAGCCCAAACUCCGCCGCUGCUGCCGCCUCAGCACCCACAUGCACCCAGAGCAGCAACGGCAACGGGCCCAGUAACGGGGGAGGAGGGGGUGGGACAGCUGCUGCCUCUGCACAGAACCCCGUCCUCAGCAAGCUUCUCAUGGCCGACCAGGACGGCCCGCUGGACCUGUCCGUCAAAAAGAACGACGAGGAACCGGAACCAAGCCUGCCGGAUGGUGUCCUGGACCUCUCCACCAAAAAGAACCUCAGUGCGGGCAACCUCAAAACUUUCCCCGGCUUCUCCCCUGAACCCAGGGUCAAAGGACGUUCCAUUAAAGCGGAACAUACCCUGCCAGAGGUGGAUGAGGACGGUUUGCUGCAGAGGAGCUUGCAGGACGGACUGAGGGAGAAUUACGCCAACUCCUUCAAGCCGCCAUUGGCCCGCUCGCUGCGUAUCAAGGAAGAGCUCCUCAGCCAGAAACAUCGCCUCCUGAGCCAGCCUGCUGCUCUCUCAUUGGCUAAUCUAGAGUCUGCAGGCUUGCUUAAUCAUGCGCAGUCCCUCUCCUUGCUUGGCCAGAAGGGCUCUUCCUCUUUCUGGGGAAGCAAGGCCCACCUCGAAAGCCUGAUGAAGCUAAAGCAGGCCAGUGGCGCUCUGAACGGGGCCCUCAGCGACCUCAAAGACCUGCCUACAUUCCUGGAGAAUCACCACAACCACCACGGAGCCUUCUCCUACAAAAGUUCCCACCAUCACCACCACAAUCAGGUCUCCAAGGCCCAACACCACCACAACGAGGGCAAGAGGGACCAGGGCCACUCGCCUCCUGUCGACCUAAAGAUCCCACAAGUUCGGGGCAUGGAUCUCUCCUGGGACCCCCACGGCAAUGACCUGUACGGAUAUGGUGCCAUGGGGGUUGGGGGAGGUGGACAUGGGGAGAACAGCCUGAGCCGGAAGCUGAGAGCCAUCCUACCCAAGCAGAACCGCCGGGGAGGAAGUCUUGGAAGCCUACUGGAUGGGGCUGCCGACUACUGGAGCUCCGACUUGGACCACUCCAGUUCUGGGCCGGCGUACUCCACCUCCGACGCAGAAGGGGACCCAAACUCCAAGCAGCCGAGGAAGAAGAGGGGCCGUUAUCGCCAGUACAACACAGAAAUCCUGGAGGAGGCGAUAACCGUAGUGAUGAAUGGGAAGAUGAGUGUGUCCAAGGCUCAGAACAUGUACGGGAUCCCGCACAGCACCCUGGAGUACAAGGUGAAGGAGCGCCUGGGAACCUUGAAGAACCCCCCAAAGAAGAAGCUGAAGCUGACGAUGAUGAAGAUGGAAGCAGGAGGCCAGGAUUUUCCUCUUGGAGAGUCGGAGAACAUGCUCAACGCAACACCACGAGAUGACAUCCCGCCACUGGCUGCUGCUGAGCUCCAGGACAAUGUAAAAGAAGAGAUUGAAGACAAUUUCAAACCAAUCGACGAAAACGACUUACACAUGUAAACCUCAGUCAAAUGACAAAAGUAAUUUGAAAACGGAUGGGGCUUUAUUUGUGCCAACUUACUUUGCAGUAUCUGGGUGAGCACAAACGCAGGGAUAAUAUGAGGAGGAUUCUUAAAACAAACUGGAGAUAAACAACUAAUCGGAUGGUUUUGAACAAGUGUUGUUUAAGCAAUGCUGUAUUAGCAUUUGUUUAGCUUUUAUAUCCAGGGGCUUUACAAAUGCAGCUAAAGACAUAAGUUAAAUGACAAUUAUUGAAAUUUCCAUAAGCAUGCUGAUAAUCCCCAGCCCAAAAACCCUAUCCCUUUGUUCUGAAGUUGAUAGACUGAACCAUUGCUGCUUAAAAAUGCAGUUUGGGCUUUGGACCAUUCCAAUUGGGGAACAUAAUGAGGGGAAGGUUGAAAAUUAACUCUUUAAAAAAUGGACCAAUUUGUCCCUUUAUUGCACCCUUUCUCUUACGGAUCUGAACAUUGGUAAGUGAACAGUCUAUUACCUUUGAAGCCAACUGUAAAGUUUAAUCACACCAUUGAUAUUCCUCACCAGGGUUGUGAAUCAAAACCCAUCCUCUUAUUGCCAGGUAGCCAUGACGCUUUAACUGCAAAUCUUUUCUUUCCUCCAUAAGAUACUCUGCUAAUCUCUGUGCGGACGAAAGCAACAUUAACCCGUCCUUUUUGAAUGAGAAAAGACACAAAAGUCAUUCAGGGAUGCAUGUUUGUGAGUUUCGUGGACACUACUGACUUCUAUAAUCAACGUUUUUCCUCUAUAUCUUUUUAUUUGUUUUGCUUUCUUUUGCACUACACUUUUGGUCUGGCGCUUACAGACCAGGUUACCUCGGCAUUGUUGCCCUCGCAUCAUGCACUUAUUUUGGUCUGUCUCCUAAGCCCAGUUGCAACCUCAUAAAGGGUCAGUGGUGCACAUCGCCUGCGUACGCUGAUCCAUAAUCAGAUCCCAGGGAGCUCGAAACCCCUCUUUUUUUUGCCAAGAGACAAGUUGAGGGGUAAACUGAUUAUGGAUCAGCCUUUUUAAGGCGGAUUGCUACCUCAUGAACCUCCAUCAGUGUCUCACUGCUGAUCCUGGAACGCUGGAGCCGCCUUCAGGUUGCCCUCCAAACGGUGACCGAAGUGAGCUCAUCCCUUGCAUGGAGAUCUUUAUUGGAUGAAGGCCUUUUAGGAUCAGAAUGUGAAACCCUGCUGCUAUCAACUUGAUUAUCUAGCUCCUAUACAAGGCUUUAGCCAGUCUAAGCUACUGAGUUUUAGCUAGUCUUAGCAAACAACAAUACAUUACUGAUGUUUUUUUCCAUCUCUAAUCAAACUGCUUAGCCGAUGAGUUGAAGGCAUUUAUUUCCCUCAAACCUCAGACAGUUUAACUGCAGUUAAAUACAACAAUGUGCAUUUAUUGGGGGGUGUUUAGGGAUGAUGGGUUGGCAAUAUGCAGUGGGGAGGGGUAGUUGAUAGAAGAAGAAAAGGAAGAUUUAAUAUAUUAUAAAUUAUUAUGACUGAUGUUAAAGCCAAUCCAUGAUUCUGGAUCAUUUCUUUUCUCCUCAUUUUAACUCAGGGUAACUGAGAGAUAAUGUGGGUUUCAAAUAUGGUCAUUUCCUGUUGGACCUAUAGUAGACAAAACAGGAGGACAAGACACGGCUCUCACUAAUGCUGUGUCUUGUGGGAGGGGCCAUGUGAUUAAAUAUGGCAGAGCCAUAGCAGAUAGACCUGCAAAUGAAUCAUAACAAAGAACAGAAAACGGAUGUUGGGUUUUGGGAGCGAAUUUCUGGCGCUAAACUUCUAAAUCGCACUUUUAAAAAGUAAGCAAACUCAAGAGAGAAAGAAAGCUGUUUGAGGUUAUGCACGUAGUGUAGCUCUUCUCUGGGGGAUAUAGGGCCGGGGGCGAUCAGAGGGCAGAGAGAUAGAAGAAAAAAGCUUUAGUGUGGGAAGACUUUCAGAAAGCUGCAGCUUGGACCCAAACUUCUCUUUUGUUUUCCUCUCGAUUACCUCCAUGAUUAAAAAAAAAGAAAGAUAAAAAAAAGAUCGACAGCUUGAAGAAGUUGAGUUUUGUGUAGUGUCGUCUCGUCGUUUUCCCUCCUCGCCGCUGAAGCUCCAGGGAUAGAAAAACUAUCGUCACAUUUCCAGGUGGGGAUUAUCCCUCACAGGUGGAAAGAAAAAUGCUCUUUUGGUAUUUUCCAUCGGGAAAAGAUUGAAGGAGAUGACAAAAACUUUUGGGUCGUCAUGUUUUUGUGCUCUGUGGUAAAUGUUGCUCUUCGCUCCUAAACACUGCCUGGUGCUCACCCAGUCUGAGAUUCUUAACAUGAGAAAUGUACCUCUGUUCAGAUGAAAUGAUGAUGAUUCACUCCUUUUCAAAUGUGUUGUAUAUUUUAUUUAUUUGAUUUGCUUUUCUUCUUUGAUUAUCCUCUUAAAAAAUGGCAUGCACCACUCAUUUUGGGCUGAUUUUGGGUUAGGGUCAAAUUUAAUGAGAGGAUUUCGACAAAAUGUAAAAUGUAAUGUACAAAAUGAAUCACAAUCUAAUUAGAAUUAGAAAAAUGUACUACCUGUUUCAUACAAUCUUAAUUUACCAUGUGUGGUUAUUGGUUAUUCACCUGAAGUUUAAUUUGAGGCUUUGUAGUUCCCUUGGCUUGAUUGGCAGAUAUUUAUGGCCAAUGGGAAAAGCUUUACAAAAGACCCCUGAGUUAUGCAUGAAAUGCGUCCAACACUUUGAUAAUGCUGAGCAUUUGAAGUGUCUAAAAGUUUGUGCGCGUUGAGUUAGACCCAGCGAAGGACAAUGCACUGAUCUCAUAGUUAAAACAGGAUCGAAGCCCCAGUGUCCAAAGUAAAGCACUUGUUUUGAACACACCUCUGAAAAAAGGCAGGGUAGCUGCUCACUUAGCCAGCUGUGAAUACAGUCUGACAACGUACAGUAUGUCCCCGCCCUCUAAAAUCCAUAAAACCCAGAACAAAUGCCUCAUGUAAUGCAUGCAAAGCAUGGAUGUGUGCUAGUAAAACAUUGUGUGUAGAAAUAGUGUAAUUGGCACUUAAUGCACAGGUUUGCAUGAAUAAACUCCAACAGCACUUAGACCGAAUUCCCCUGAGAGGGGCGAUUGCUCAAAAGCCAAACUAUCUCUGUAUAAUUUACAUAACUCUUUAAAAAGAAGUCUCUCUCUACCUUGAAGACAUUUGACCCUAAAUGUAUAUUCGGCUCUUGCUAUAAAUUUGCUCAUACUGUUUUGAAAAUUCAGGUAAUCUAAAGUCCAAUGUCAGCCUGCUCUAAUCUACUGAGGUGCAUGCCAAUUAAGGUGUAUUUAUUUAAAAUCAUUUUGUUUCUUGGUUUUGUUUUUGAAUAUUGUUUAUACUCAUGUGGUUAACGGCUCCCCCUGUCCGAAAAAGUCCUCCUUCUUGCAACUGAGUCUCACUGCUGUUUUCAAAGAAACCUCAUACUAUAUUAUAUACUUAAGAGAACAGUAUAUAUAUAUCUAUAUCUUUAUAUAUUCAUAUAUUAACACAUACACACAAAAUGAAUGUAGUGAACAGAAAUGAAUAUCUCAAACAGAACCGUCUUCUGCAAAAAAGAUGGCACCGUCAGUUUUAUUUUCGACUGUUGUUUUUAUUCCUUUGCUCUUAGUUCCAUUUCACGCUGCCUGCAUCGAAAACGCAGUCGUUUUCAGCGGCGGGCGUGCGACAGUAGCCUUCAGUACUGUAAAUGUCUCAGGAUCGAGCCAGUGGGAUGGGCAACAAUAUUCGUCAGUCGGAAAAUGGCGCAGACUUAACUACCUGUACUUCAUGUAAUUUGUCGACUUGGUCAGCAGAGUCCAAGUGCUAUACCUCAAUCUCAAAAAUAAUGACUCCUUUCUGUGCCUCGUACUUUUAUGUAUACCUUACCUGGGAGCCUGGCGAAGGGAUAGCCGAUACUCUGGGAAAUAUUGAAUCCUCAGCUGUUUCUUUUCUUAUCUGUUCAUUUUUCUUUUCUUUGUCUCGCCUCCCUCUCGCGAAAGGGAGGAGGGAGACGCUUCAAGUGUCUGACUGACCAAUAUUUGCCACCCUACCUCUUUUCAGGUAAUUUUUCGCAACAACAAAACCUUAUAGAAAGUUUAUAAUGAGUACCAGAGAGGGUAAAAAAAAAACCUACAGGGACUAAACAGCUAUUCACAUUUGAAUCACUGGAUGGGGUCGGUAUGGGAAGGCUGCAAACCUCUCGUUUCUUCCUCUAAAAGUCAAAACAUUUUGGGAUCCAGUCGUCUGGUUUCACCCUGGAGGCCACGAGUCAGAUCUGUCCCACCCUGGUCUGAGAAAGCACAUGGUGUUUUUGUUCACUGAGGCUCUUUUUCUUUUAUGGUUUAUUGUAUGUUUGUUUUUUUUGUUGGUGUAACAUACCUCCAGGUUGAAACCUGACAUGGGGAUUUCUUUUUUAUUUCUAUUUUAAUUCUCACACCCGGAGAAAUCAGAGACCCAGAGGGGAGAUUGGGGGACAGGUGGACAAGUUAACCUUCUUUUAUCUGCUGUCUUGUAAAAGAAAAAUAUAUCCAAAAUCUUUUACAUUGCAUUCCAAAAGAAACACCACACAAGAAAAUGUAACUGUAUAUGUUGAAAGCUCUAUACUUAUGAAUGCAUAGGUAUUUGUUUGACUCUUUUUGCAUCUUCAGGUAAACCAAUCAAUUCCUCUUUUGCUUAAAGGUUGGUUUUUUUAUUUGUGUUUUUAUUUUUCUUCCGAGUGAAAGACUGUCAAAAGUGAUAGAAGAAGAAAAAAUGUCAAACAGCAACUACUGUAACCUCACUUAGUAGACGCCACAUGACGUGCCGUUUUGUUUCAGGAUGGUGUGUGAUGUGGCGCUACCGGGAAAAAAGACCUAUAAUGUAUAUGAUUGCCAUGUUCCUCUCUGCAGAGGCCCUUCUGUUUCUGUUUCUGUCACGCUGCAUAUCUGGUUGUCAUUUAAACCUCAGGUCCGACCACCUCAAAGCAGCUGAUUGUACAUUAAACACACACACACACACACACACACACACACACAAAGAAGAAGAAGAAUCAGGAUUUUUAGUACGGCUCGUUUCCAGAUUUUUUGAUGUAAGUGACGGAAGCAGAUUUUGAAUAACUGUUGUUUCUUGUCGUUGUUCGUACUGUUGUUAUUCUGAUGGACUCUUUUCAUUUUCUUAGAUAAAAACAAAAAGACAAUUCUUUAAAAGCUAGAAGCCAGGUUUCUUUAAUACAACGCUGUACUCUCUCUAGCACAUACAGCCAUGGAAGAUCAGAACGCACACAGAGACAUGACGCACCUACAGCAACACACACUCUCCCUCCUCAUCAGGUAGCCGCACUUUGUGUGGGCGGGUUAUAUGUAUAAUUAUGACGCUGGGCGUCUGCCGCUUCUCUUUUAGAAGCAGGUGGGUGUGUUUUGUCCACAAUCUGCAGAACAUCAGCCCCGUUGGCUGAUUUUGAUCUGGCACACUGGGACACUGUCGGCACUGCCUCUGUGAAAAACUCUUUGCUUUUCUUCAUCUCUUUUUAUCAACCUACCUACCAUCCCUUCCUUCAGUUGUUAUAUGUGAGCAGUCUCUGAUGAUGUGAGCAUUGCUGCAGUUAUCCCUUUUUGCCUCUUCUAUCUGGUAUUGCUGUGAGUGACACGUGCCAGGAGUAGAUUUGUAAGGCUGCUAAAAUCCUAACAUUGGACUUAAAUUUUACAGUAACUAACAUUUGAAAACCAUGCUGAAUACUGAAUUUGAAAAAGUUAAAAAUCUACAAUUAUAUGAAACUAACAUUUGCAGCAUUAAAAGUUUAAUUCUAAAACCUUAAGAACCAAAAAGACUCCAGCAUCAAUGCAGCAAUGCAGGAAAAAUCAUCAGUAUCUAAUUCUUUUUGGUUGAAUCUUCAGGAAAAGUUUUGGGACUACGCUUUAAUCCUCGUCUGAGAAACUGCCUUGUGUUCUUCUAGAUUGAUUUUUCCUUUAACUGCAUAUUAAAAAAACCCAGAUCCAUCUAACGUUGAGAGGGGUUUUCUGAGAUAAUAAUCAGCACGUCUCCUGACGGGGACGAUUGCCUUGUGUUCCAUAUAGUAAGCCACGCUGUUGUCGUCCUCGCCCCACAUUUGUCAAGCAGCACUAACAGAUCUGCUAAAACUUGCAUCUCCUUUGUCGUGGAGUGUGAUGCCAAGUGCUGUAAAUGUCAAAGCAUUUGUGACGAUGUGACAGACAGUCGCUCAGUAGCAGACAGGCCCUGAAAGCGGAGCUGAGUAUGAAUCUUAAAGGCCAGACACGCCUCUUGAAUGAUGCUCAUCUGCGGCAAUCAACACAACAGACAACUUCACCCCGUCCGUUAUAAUGUACUAAGAACAAAUGUGGAGAAAGGCAAAUUCUGGAGCCAGAGAGUAGAGUUUUUCACGUUCAAAGGUGAUGGUCGGAGCCUUUAUGUAAUGUUGGAGCGCGGUAACUACACCCUGAACUGUGUUUUUCCUUAAAACCCAGUCAUUUCCACAAAAAAAUAAUUCAAUGCAUUUACAUUUUGAUUAUAGUGCUAUGGGGCUGAACGCUUGUUAUUGCACUCUUCAAUUGCCCACCACAGCCUGGUUCCCCACUUUACCAUUAUCCAGAGCUGUUGAUUUGUAAAUACUCAGCCGCGCUCAUUAAUCUUCUACAUGGACCACACUUGACUCGCACACAAUCUGUAGGUGCCGCCAGGAAUAAGUGAUUAUAUAUUUGUUGUUGUUCAAUCAGUGGAAAUCAAGAGUGCCUUUUGAAGACUCUAAUCACAUUCUUAAAUCUAAUCGUUAAGAGUUGGUUUCUUAAUCACGUAUAAUCUAACCAGCCGAGUGAAAUCACGGUGCGGUCGCUUCGAGAACAACAAUCCCCUGUCAAUGCAAAAAUGUCAAGUGAAAUUCAGGUCAAAUUUACCCGCUUAAAUUCCCCGCUCCCUCCCCCCCCUGUGAUUAUGUUACACUGUGAAAGGCUCGCAGCAGACAUUUUCUCACACUGGCUGUUCUCGCCUCCGACGAGUUUCUGGCGUACGUCUCACCCCUCCGCCUCGGCAGAAAUCCUUACAGAUGGCAGUCAGUCACACUUGGCAGUCUGAGGAGGUGGCUGCAAGUCCAAGGAUAAAAUCUUAAGUGAAGUACAGCAGAAUAAAGGCCGCUGAAGGUCGCCGUCCCCACCCCCACGCUUCGGUUAAACAACAACCUUUUAAUGGAACGACGCUAAAUUUCACGUAGAACACGAACAUCACUCCGGUGCGUUGCGUCUUUGAUUAAAACGUGCCACGGUUGUUCUGAAACUCCACUUCCAGAGAGAUGGGACAAAUUACAAAACCUGAUGUGCAGGCUCAACAGAAACAUUGAGAAGAUAAAUUACACGACUGCUUAAAAGAAGUGUCGUCAAAAUGCUCUGCGAUGGAGUGCAUUUCAUGUGGUGCCCUUGUGUGUUGCCAUGACAAUCUUGCCGCAUUGUUCUCAUGUGGAGGUGUGUCUGGCCCUUUAGAGCCACCUACAUGGACCAUCUGGUGUCUGGUGCUCUGAACUCAAAUCCUGCUCUGCAAACACUGAUGCAUCUCCAGCAUUCACAAUCAAACAUGGAGGUCUUGGGUUGAGUGCGAAAGACUUGAGUAGAACUGAUGCUUUGUUGUUGCAGAUUAAAUGUGCGAGUAUGUGUAGAUGCUGCUUCUCCCUCUUCAGGCUCUUAUCCAUCUUUGUUUCAAAGGAAAUGCUCUUGACAGAAGACAUGUUCCUUCAAUAUACUAGUCCAACACGGACAAAAUAAUCCACUCCUGAGCUCCUUCCCUUUGUUAUACUUCCACCAAGUCUUUUGUCUUUGUCUUCUCCCAUUUGUGAGAGUGUCUUAAGAACUUGCAUUUGUCCUUCUCCCUGCUUGUGUCUAAGUCACUCUCUGUUGUUUCUGCUACCUCAGUCAGUCACGUGGACUUGCCUGUAGAGAUCAGUAGUUGAUUUGAAAUACGAAAGUUUCCCAGUGAAGUACCAUUACAAGCAUUUCACAGGCGUUCUUGAGGGAAGUUGAAUGCCGUGUUAGCUGGAUGAUUUGACUGGCGUUUCUCUGAUUAUUUGCCAACCAUAGUAAUCUCAAUCUUGUUAUUCCUCUCAGAAAGGUGUCAGAUCGUGAUUGUGUUGCCACUCAAAAGCGUAAACAUUCUGGAGAUACAGCAGGAUUCUUCUGCACAGCCAUAAGCCCCCGGGUAGGGCCGGACAUCUCGUUCCAUCUUCCGUGUUGAUUUUAUUGUCACUUUCUUUGAAGAAAAGUCAUAAACCCCUUUCUUUCUCUUCCCUUCACCUUCGCCCUUUAACUAUUUGUCAUCCUCUCAACAUCCUUGGGCAGUGGAGCGUGAGCACCUUGGGGCUGACAGGCCCUCGUUUAUCCCUGGAGAGCUGGGUUGUUCCUGGGCAGCCCCCGUCCUUCACCUCACGUCAGGCCUUUCAUACACCUCGCUGAUAAUAAUAAUAAUCAUCUUUUCCCUCAUUUUGUUUUAUCUUUGCUCUUUUAUCUUUUCACAGAGGCUUUGCCACACUCUCCUCUGAUGAGGAGUUUGCAAAUUUAGUCUUUCUAAAACAGGGCUUAUGGUUCUUUCAGCAACAAGGGGGUCAUUGUCCUCUGCAAUAUUGAGAACUGUUUCUUGGGGGAAAAAAACAACACGUAUUACAUGCAUACAGUACGUUAGGUAGUCGGUUAAUAUUUCAGCUUUGGUGACAUUUUCAUGAACUCUCCCUAGUAGAGAGACUCAAUAUUUUAAAGGUUUGGCCGUUAAUGUUGUAUGAUGUCUCUGAUCUCCUGUUUCAGGGUGACGGGCUGGGGCUCGACUUUUAGUUUCUGUGUUUGAAAAUGAAAAAAACAAGAAGAAAAAAAGGGUUCAUGAGCGGGGUUGUGUUUGCUGAAAUUGCCAGUGCAUUGCUGUGAUCCUCUUGUAGCUUCUUUUUGCAGUCUUUCCAUUUAUAACGUCUUCUACAUCUGAACUUUGGUGUCUUUGACGACCAUGUACCUUCUCUGUUAACUAUCAGUUGUGAAAUCUACACUACAUGCAGAUAACCGCACCAGCCGGUGUAUUUAUAGACGAGCUGAGGAGCAACACUGGCUUAUGAGCACGAUCGAUAGUCAGGUCAGACAGACUGGCUCUCGAUGAGCGGAUAUCAGAGUUCAGUUCUUAUCCAGGAAGUUUGGCAGUACAGAAGAUUAAAUGUCAUGCGGAUGAUUCCACACUGCCAAAACAGAAACUUAUGGAACAUCCUGAACUCACCUGGCAGAGGUUGAUUAAUGAACGCCAGGUCAUCACUUCAAAAGGGGCUUUGAAAGCCUUUUUGUUAUUGUUGACUGAUUCUGUACAUAAUGUUCAGCCAAAUACCUUUUUCAGUGCUUUAUAAAACAGCAAGGAUUGUAAAUAAGAUAAGUGUUAGCGGGGGGGUGGGGGUGGGGGUGGGGGGCUCAUGUGGAGCUAACCGAAUGGUCCACCCUGUUAGUCCUCUGGUGAUCUAACUUACAAGACUUGGACUGUUGCCUUCCCGAAUGUCAAAUAUUGGAAAGCUGCUUGUAAAAAACAAGAAGAUGAGCACUUUGACGGAAUCUGCGUUCGGGAAAGUAGCCCUGAGUGUUUGUUCAUUCUUUCAGUCUUUGAUAAUAUUUUCCAUCUUGGUGUUUCUUGGUGUGCAAAAAUGUAAAGAAGAAAAAAAAACUUACAACGCAGAAUACCUCAGAAAGUAAAUCCAUGUAACCUUGACAACCUCCACAUAAUGUCAUCCUCACUUAUCUCCUGGGCACUUUGAUCUUCUGUCCUUGGUCUUUGUUUCCUCUCUUUGUUCGUUCGCCAUGCAGUGCGUAGUGCCCAGUGGAGGUUCCAUAGCUUUUUGAUACUGUUUUGGUUUCACACCCUCAUUUGUGUUCUGUCUUUCAUUUCUUGCUCUCAAACGUUUCCGUCUUUCAAUGAGCUUUCCUCAUUGAAAGACGGAAAGGAGGUUGUUUUCAAGACAAUUUGAUGCAUUGCAAUUUCCAUACGUCUCGGAAAGAUCCACUGAAUUCUUCUAGAAGAUGGGGUUGCAUCAAAACAAAAGAUCCUUCCGUCUUUUCAUUUUAAAAGUGGGUUUGCAGAAAGAUUGAAGGCCUACACGCUAAACACUUGAAACCACUCAGUCCCUACGCUGUACCUUUUCCAUACCUUUUAUCUACUUAUCUUUAUCAUUGUUAAAAACUGAAUGUAAAAAAAGGCAAACACAACUAACCUCUAACUUAACUAUACAUAUUUAAGAAUAACAAAUACUCUAUAUGUGCACAUAGAUAUACCUAUACAAGCCCAACACAGACACAACCGCAAAUGCAUAUGUAUAUAUAAAUCUCUAAUGUCAUAUACUUUUAUCUUGAAAAAGGAAGAGGAUGAGCCUUUUCCAUUAAUGAUUCAGGGAAACAAUACAGUUCAAUAAAGUCAGUGCAGUAUGUUAGGUAAAAUCACUCCCACUCUGUUGCUUCUAGUGUUCGUUUUCUUACUCGGUUCUUGCUUGUUGUUUCCCCAUGAUGUAGCAUACGGCAUAGGGGCAGGGCGACUUUUUGUUAACAGAAGUAGUGGAACUAGGAUCUAGUGUAGAUGUAGUCUGUUCAAGCCUGAUUCUGUGAAAAGGGUGGUGGGGGUGGGCGGGAGGGUUUUUUUCUAAAGCGGACACUGUAAAGACAGUAUAUUUAUGAAGAUGACUUGGACGCAAGAGUCACAUUGAGGGAGUUGAAGGGUUUGAACUGUCUUCAGGAUGGUUGUAUAUAGAACUGCUUUACCCAUCAACCCUCGCCUGUCUUUUUCACAGGUGAGGUGGAACUGUAUAUUGAAGGCACUGAGGUGGAACGCUUUGUGUUUUUAUGUCUAGAAAAAUAAAGACUGUUUUAAAUGAAGGAAGGGUGACACUGUUCAGGUUCCAUGCAGAACCCAACAGUCUCCCCUCGAGCUUUGCUGGGAGCGACGGGCGGUUUUUGUUAACGUUGACCCUCUCGAUAUUUUUGCAUGCUGGUGUACAUACCCCUAUAUCAGUCCUUUUGUCGGAAGAGGCUGGUUAAUCCAAAAGCGCUUUUUGGAUGUUGUCUGCAGGACAGGUUCUAAUGUUUUGAAUAUGAAAUAUUGCCCCUAAGAAAAAAAUCCCUUUCCUGAAAAGAAGGAGCACCUAAGGUGUUUGUGUGUCACUGCAACAGCUUUCGUAGUGGUUUUUGGCUAAAGCUCUUUUUCAAUCAUUGUUUUCCCUGUGUAAAGUAACUAAAAAAGUGUGUAUGAGUGUGAAUCUGUGUGGCCGUGUACCAUUUUCCUCGGUUUUCUUAACCAUAUUGUAGCCUCAGGGCUAAGACUAAUCUACCUGUGCUCUUACGGUAUCUCGAUGGAACAGUUAAAAUAAUAGCAUUUUAUGAACAUAAUCUGGCUGUCAGUAGAAAAAAGACAUUACCCACACACCCUCAGGGACCCUCAGCAACACUGCUCUCACUCUUAUUCAGGUACUUAAUCUACACCGAGUUUCAGCAGUGAUCAAUCUUAUCUAUGGCUUAUUAUCUUAAGUUGAUUCCUAAGAAGACAAAGAUUACCACCAGAAUCUUAAAACGUUUAGAAGCCGUUCUUCUCAACCUCAAGAGUUUUGCUGUUUCAUUUUCUAGUUAUGCGAUUAUUCAAUUAUAUUUUUCAGCUUUCCAUGUCACUACUUUGAACACUGGAUAUUUUUGUUCUCUGAUGAAUGUCAAUCUUCUCAGUUCAGGACUGUCUUUGUUAGCAGUCUGUUCUCUCGCUGACUUGUGUCCGGUGGCUUUUACUCUGUGCUGAGCAUCGAUGUACACAUUAUAUUGUUUGGCUACAAAGCACCAACGCAACAAUGACUUACACCAAGCAGACCUCUUACAAAAAAUACUUAAAUGCACAAUACAGUGGGGGGCUUUUAAACAGUGUUUUAAAGCCCCCACAAUCCUUCACACACUAUGUCUGUUUAUUUUCAGGUAUCCAUCUAGUGGUUCUCUUCGGCGCUAAUGGAGUUAGACACAAAACAUAGGAAUUUGACAGAUCUGCCUUCAGUUCUUUUUACGCUUCAGGGAAAACUUUGUAAGCCUCUUUUACCGCUAGUGAACGCAUAAAUGUUGGAGCUCAGCUGGAUGUUGUAUGAUCAAAGCUGUAGAGCUAUGAAGGAACACUGUGUCAAACCGGGGCAGAAGGAUCUGCAGUUUUCAGUGAAAUCGUUCUUAUUUGUUCAUUGCCGUUUUGAGACAGCGACUCUUCUCUGCUGUGAUUGGUCUCUAUAUGCUAUAUGUUGCUUAGCGUCUGUGUUGCUGCACACAGCUUGGUCAAUGCCAUGGAUUUCAGAAGUCUCCAGUAGACCUAAGAGUCUGUGUUUUACGCAGAACUAGUCUUGCAAAGUUAUUUAUUGGCCUGGUCGGGAACACAGGAGUAUAUUUGCCUCAGUUUUGUACCUCUUACAACAAUCAAAUUAGUGACGUUUGGUGAGAACUGUGUGAAAUCUAUUAAAAGAUAAGUUGUAUUCCAUGUUGUAAGAACUCUUAAGAUUACUUUUUACAUUCCUGGUGUGGGUUUCGGUAGUUACCUGAUUUUGUUGUGCUAGACAGCUCUGAUUGGUUUGGAAACAGCUUGCAAUAUUUGGGUAGGCACAGGAACCUCCUCCUUUCUUCUGUCUCGAUAUUUGUCCUGCUGAGGUUUCCAACGUUUCAAAUCUCUCCUCGGUUCUUAACGGGUGGCUGGACGCCCCACUGCGGGGCCUGCUGGGCUGUUUCCACUUUCCUGCUGAGAUUUUGUUUUUGGGUUUGACGAUAUACCUCAUUCCUUCAGUCCGGCGGGCCCUAGGGGGCGCUGUGCCAAUGCUCAGGACGCCCAAGCCCCCUCUCACGAUUUGGUCCCACCUGGACUGUACCUCUAACGAACUAAUAUAAACAUGCAUACACACAGGUUCUCCAAAUACCCAAAUGGACCUAAUUUUUUCAAUAUCUACUGUUUACAGUUUGACAAAAACAUGUAUAAUUUAAAAGAUAUUUUUCUCAUGUAGUUUUUAUUUAUGUACAAUAUUUGUUUUGUUUAUGUUCUUAUUUUGUACCUUGUGAAUUGGACUUUUAUUCUUCUAGGCUUAUAUUAUCGAUGUCCGUGUAAAUGAGCACUUAACAAGGAUCACAAUAAUUGGUUUUAGUUUGACUGCACUACUUUAUUUUUCUCUUUCCCUGUUUUCAACGCUAAAUCUGAUAUUCUGAUUGGGCUGAUGAAUAAUUAAUUGUCUCAUAAUGUCUGUGAUUUUUAUUUUGACAAAAAGAAGAAAAUAUUGAUUUGAUUUCCUACUCUUUUUUAAAUUCAUUUUGCAUUGAACGUCAGGCGACGCUGAUUAGAUCUGUCUUUGUGCAUGUGUAAAAUAUUUUACUGGUUAUGUUAUAAUACAUUUGGUAAAAAAGAAAAUUGCCAUUUGUGCCACACAUUUCAGCUGUAAUGUUGUGUAAGGUAGUAUUCACUGGAUGCUAGAACCUUCUUUUCAAAACCACUAUUCUUCUAAUAAAUUUUGUUGUGAAAAUAAA